AUGAAGAUGUUCGUCGUGUUGUUGGCUUUGUUGGCCGUGGUCUCUGCAGAAGUCCACCAAUUCAACAUUGGAUACCGACCAAAUCUUCGUCAACGAAUGAAUGCAGAGGGAAAGUUGGCAGAAUAUGAGAAAGAACGUAACGAGUUGCUCGCCAAAAAUAGUCUUCAAUUGGCUUCAUCGUCCUCCCCAAUCAUUGAUUACGAGGACAUGGCAUACAUGGUCCAAAUCAGUAUGGGAACUCCAGCUCAAAACUUUGUUCUUUUCAUCGAUUCCGGAUCUUCCAACUUGUGGGUGCCAGAUAUCACUUGUGCCGGAGGAAAGGAUGCCACUUGUGGAAGUUAUUGCAAAUCUACUCCAUAUGAUGCUUGUCUUACUUUCUGUCAAGAGGAGUGCUGCACAAAAACUGUUGCUGGAGCUCAGGUUCUUUCAACAACUGAUGCUUGCCAAUCCAAGCAUAGAUUCAACUCUACUCAAUCCUCGACCUAUGUUACCAAUGGACAGAAGUUCGAUAUGACCUACAAUACUGGAGAAGUCAAGGGUUUCUUCGGAGUUGAUACUUUCUGUUUCACCAACACCUCUGUCUGCGCCACCGGACAAGUCUUUGGUCAAGCCACAACUAUCGGAGAGGCCUUCGGAAAGCAGCCAGAAGACGGAAUCAUUGGACUCGGAUGGCCAGCUCUCGCAGUAAACCAACAAAUUCCACCACUCUUCAAUCUGAUGAAUCAAGGAAAACUAGAUCAACCAUACUUCGUUGUGUAUCUUGCUCAAAUCGGUCCAACUUCUCAGAUCAACGGAGGAGCAUUCACAGUUGGAGGACUUGACACAACUCAUUGUGAAUCGAAUGUUGACUGGGUUCCAUUGACAACAAACACAUUCUGGCAAUUCAAGCUUUCUGGUGUCUCCUCUGGAUCAUUCAGCCAAACUCCAACCUCCGGAUGGCAGGCUGCAGCUGACACCGCUGCCUCUUUCAUCGGAGCUCCAAAAAGUGUUGUCACUAGUCUCGCUAAAGUUGUCGGUGCCACAUAUGUCCCUGGAACUGGAGCAUUCUUCAUCGAUUGCGACGCUGUUGUCCCAGAUAUUGUAUUCACAAUCAACGGAAAAACCUAUAACAUGCCAUCCACAUCAUUCGUUGUUUCUGCUGGACCAGGACCAUGUAUGUUCGCAUUCUAUGAAUUGACUGCUGGAGGAUUCUACCCAGCUUGGAUGCUUGGACCACCAUUUAUGCGUGCUUAUUGUCAUGUACAUGACAUGCAAAAUGCAAGACUCGGAUUGUCGAAGGUGCUGUCUCAUUGA